UACACAGUGAAAGACAGUUAAUUGGUAACCAGGAUUUAUGGGAAGAGGGAGCUCCCUGUCUGACACACCUUCCUCACAGGACCCGUCUGACCAUGUCUUCUCCGGAUGACAGUGAGCAAGUGGACAGCGUGUACGAGACAGAACCCCAGCUCCUGGCGGGAGGGGGCGAGAGUGGCGAAGAGGAGACAGAAGACAGCGUCAUGUCCCCCAUCCCCGUAGGUCCCCUGUCCCCGCACCCCAACCACCCCAACCACCACCACCACCACCACCACAGCCACCACCCCCUCCACCACCAGGACCCCUUCACGCCCAAGGAAGGUUCGCCCUAUGAGGCGCCCGUCUACAUUCCUGACGACAUUCCCAUCCCCUGUGACCUGGAACUGCGCGAGUCCUCAGUGCCCGGAGCGGGCCUGGGGAUAUGGGCCAAAACCCGGAUCGGGAUGGGGGAGCGCUUCGGACCUCACAGUGCACUACAGAGCGCCACGGUCAAAGACGGCUCCUUCAGAUGGGAGCAGAUGCUCAACGACUGCGAGGCGGCCUCCUCCCCAGAGAGUUGCAUCAAAAAGGUGGUGGAUGAGAUGGGCAACGUCAAGUUCUGCCUGGAUGCAGGCUCGGAGGCCGGCGGGAGCUGGCUCAAAUACGUACGCACAGCCCCCACCUUUGAGGAGCAGAACCUGGUGGCGUGUCACCUCAGUGGAGACCAGCUUUAUUAUAAAGCUAUUAGGGAUAUUGAAGUGGGGGAGGAGCUACUGGUGUAUAUGAAGGACGGAAUUUUCCCCGAGGGAUCGAUGGCACCGAACCUAGAAGACGAGCAGAUGUACCGCUGUGAAGACUGUGACGAGCUCUUCACCUCGGCCCUGGAGCUGCGCCGCCACCAGAAGUACUCGUGCUCCAGCGCUGGUUCCCUGUUCGACACGCUCAGCAACGAGGACUUCAAACAGGAGCGCGACGACAGCGACCACGAGCCCGUCCACGAAUGCAAAGACUGCGAGAAGAUCUUCCCCAACGAGUACAGUCUGGGUCAGCACAUGAUCGUGCACACGGAGGAGAGGGAGUACAAGUGCGACCAGUGUCCCAAGGCCUUCAACUGGAAGUCCAACCUCAUCCGCCAUCAGAUGUCCCACGACAGUGGGAAGCGUUUUGAGUGUGAAAACUGCGAUAAGGUACAGCACACCCGGCACGUGUUCACGGACCCCAGCAACCUGCAGCGCCACAUCCGCUCGCAGCACGUGGGGGCGCGCGCUCACACCUGCCCGGAGUGUGGCAAGACCUUCGCCACCUCCUCGGGCCUCAAGCAGCACAAGCACAUUCACAGCAGUGUCAAGCCCUUCAUCUCCAGGGCCAGUGACAGUAGCAGACCCAAUCCCAUAGGCCCCUGUGGGCGGUGUCUCUCCCCAGGUGAGGUGUGCCACAAGUCCUACACACAGUUCUCCAACCUGUGCCGCCACAAGCGCAUGCACGCCGACUGCCGCACCCAGAUCAAGUGCAAGGACUGCGGCCAGAUGUUCAGCACUACCUCCUCCCUCAACAAGCACCGUCGCUUUUGUGAGGGCAAGAACCAUUACGGGCCCGCCGGGGGCCUCUUCGCGCCUGGCAUUCCCAUGAGCGGUAGCCCCAUCCUGGCCAAGUCCAAGUCCCACCACCAUCACCACCCAGGCCUGGCCUUCCCCGACUACUUCCCCUCCCGGCCACAUCCCCACGCAGGCCUGUCUUUCUCCCCCGGGCCGCAUGGCUUCUCCUCCCUCUCCCACGGCUUUCCCGGCCUCUUCCCCCCUUCGCUUUACCCCCGGCCGCCCUUACUGCCCCCUAGCCCGCUGCUGAAGAGUCCCUUGGGGGUCAGCAGUAACACUGGUGGGGGUCAGGAGGCGAAGCUGCCCCGAAGUCCCCUGGACGGCCCUCCCCUGCCGCCGGUAGGCUCCGUCAACGCCCACAACAACGGAGGGGGAGGGGGAGCGCUUCCCCUCAGCGGCCAGGAGAAGGAGGACAAGGAGAGACUGGAGUCGGCGUACGGCGAGCCCAAGGCCAAGACGUCAGAGGUGUCGGACGGCAGCGAUCUGGAGGACGUCAACACCACCAGCGGGACGGACAUGGACACCACCACCGGCACCGCCUCAGGCUCUGACCUGGACAGCGACGCAGAGAGCGAGCGGGAACAGCGAGAGAGGAUCAGCGGCGCCAAGAGGAGGAAGGCGUCUGGCGCCGGAGUGGCAGGGGGGUCGGAGAGAGCAGGUCAAGACCGGCGGCCGGAGGAUGCGAGUAGCGGCUCGGUACCGGCGCUGUCUAGCUCGGGCAACCUGGCCUGUGAGCGGCCCUCUUUCCUCUCAGCCGUUUCCCAGCACUCCUUCUUCCCACCUCCAGACGAGCAGGCACUGCCCCCCACCGCCACAGGGGGCGGCGCCGCCACUGACUCCAUAAAGGCAAUCGCUUCCAUCGCAGAGAAGUACUUUGGCCCUGGCCUCAUGGGCUUGCAGGAGAAGAAGAUGGGCUCCUUGCCCUACCAUUCCAUGUUCCCAUUCCAGUUCCUUCCGAACUUCCCUCACUCCCUCUACCCGUUCGCCGAGAGGGCCACCCUCAACACUGGCAUGUUCUUCAAGGCCGAGCCCAAGUCGCCCCGCGAGCAACACGCGCCAGCCCACAAAAUGGCCGCCCCGGGCACCGGAGAAUCAUCACCCUUUGACCUUACCACCAAGCCCAAGGAAGCCAAGCCAAUCCCCCCGUCCCCCACCAAGCCCGCCCCACCCAGCGGUAGCGGCAACCCCCCUCUGGUUCUCCCCCGGGGCGAAGAGCAGCCGCUGGACCUGAGCAUUGGCAGCCGCAGGCGGGACGGGCACAACGGGUUGGCGACCCCAGAGCAGCAGCCCAGCCGCAAGAACCACCGCAAGGAGGAGCACCAUGGCAGCCACCCGCACCCCCACCCCCAGGGCCACGCCCUCCACCAGCCCCCGCUGCCCCAGCAGCAGCCUCUGACCCAACCACCCCAGCCUUCCCUGCACUACGCCAAGCCCUCGCCAUUCUUCAUGGACCCAAUAUACAGCAGGGUGGAAAAGAGGAAGAUACUGGAUCCUGUUGGAGCUCUGAAGGAGAAGUACCUGAGGCCCAACCCGCUGCUCUUCCAUCCUCAGCUUCAGUAUCUUUACCGUGGUACACCUUCUUUACCUCAGAUGUCAGCAAUGGAGACCAUGACGGAGAAGCUGGAGAGCUUCGGUGCUCUCAAACUGGACGCCCCGCCAAACUCGCUGCAGCACUCGUCCCACCCGCUCUUCAACUUCCGCUCGCCGCCUCCCUCCCUCUCAGACGCCAUCCUCCGCAAAGGCAAGGAGCGCUACACCUGCAGGUACUGUGGGAAGAUCUUCCCCAGGUCAGCUAAUCUCACCAGGCACUUACGAACACACACCGGCGAGCAGCCAUACAGAUGUAAAUACUGUGAUCGCUCGUUCAGCAUCUCCUCCAACCUCCAGCGGCACGUUCGUAACAUCCACAACAAGGAGAAGCCCUUCAAAUGUCACCUGUGUAACCGCUGCUUCGGCCAGCAGACCAACCUGGACCGCCACCUCAAGAAGCACGAGCACGAGAACAUACCUGUAAGUCAACACUCUGGGAUCCUCUCCAACCUAGGAACCAACAUUUCCUCUCCCAACUCCGAGCCAGACAAUCAUGCACUUUUAGACGAGAAGGAAGACUCGUACUUCUCGGAAAUCCGCAACUUCAUUUCUAACAGCGAGCUGAACCAGGCUUCCAGCUCCACAGACAAGAGGUCAGAGCUUGCAGAGGAGGAGCGCCCAUUGAGCCAGACCUUGUCUAACUCCAAGAUGGCGGCCCAGGGUCUGGAGGAAGAGGAGGAGGAGGCAGACGAGGAAGAAGAAGAGGAAGGCAGCCUGACGGAGAAGUCUCAGGACGAGGCACCUGAAUCCCCCUCCCCAGUCACUAUGGUUACACCAGGGGCUUACGAUGAUGAAGAGGAGGAGGAGGAAGCGGAGGAAGAGGAGGAGUCCACACCGCUGGCUUUGAACUAUGAUCACACCCGCAGGUGUAUUGAGGAGGAUGCUGGCCUGUUAGACCUGGAGGCCCUGCCCAGCUUUCCCAAAGGCCUGGAACUGCAUAAGGCCAGCGGUGGCGAGGAGCCCCCCUUUGACGUUAAAGACAUUUUUAACAGCGCCUCCCUCGAGUCGGAGGCCCUGAAAGAGUCUCUGUACAGGCAGGCUAAAACCCAGGCUUAUGCAAUGAUGCUGUCUCUGUCGGAGAACAACCCUUUGCACGCGUCCUCCCAGAACUCACUGGAUGCCUGGCUGAGCAUGGGAGGGGGCCCAUCCGAGACAAGCAGCUUUCACCCCCUCAACCACAUCUAGGAGAGAGAGAGAGUCCGGAGGAGGAGGCCAGUGCAGUAUCACAGAGAAAAGAAGAACGGACCAGUGACAGAAAGAGAAAGAGGGAGAACUCUACAUCACACACCCCCCACCACGCCCCCCUUUGCCUGAGAAGAGAGGCAGCUCGUGGCUCCUGCCCCUCAGUGUCUGUGUGUUUUUAUCUGUGCGUUCACUUGCGUGCAUUCAGUCAUCCACACCCAUGUUAGUUUGUGAGAGUGUAUAAGGGGCCCUGAACAACAGACACUCGCAGGCGGAGAUCGAGGUAGUAACACUCUGCCCCUGGAGCGGGUGAAAGACAUCCCAGUGAAGGACGGUGAAGGACCAACCAAAACUCCAGUCAGUCUACAAAGCCCACCCACUUCGUCCCAGCCCCCUUGGUUACAUAUUUGAGUGCGUCAAUGCAUCCCUAGGAGAGCAGAAAUUGACCAUAUUCAACACAAUAGCAACAGAUAGUAACAGUUGGUCUGGAACAUUGCAUGUCCACCCCUUCUCAUCAUAUCUUAUGCUAAUCAUUCUCUUUACUCCUUUCAGAUCAGUAAUACCACAAUGCUAAAUGUUACAGCAGGAAACGUCACUCUGGCUUUUGUUUAUAAAGAAAGUGAAGGACAAUGAUGCUUCUAGCUCGAUUUUGAAUGGCAAUGAUAUGGAGAAUUACUCAUCCCCAAUAUAGAAUGCGCAUUGCAAAGGGCAAAGUCUAGACUUCUCAAAAGUUUUCUGGUGAACAAGAGGUUAAAUGUACCCUUGUUUGCUCAUUUGUUAACUUCCAUUUAGUUUUUUUGCUCUUCGCUGAGAAACAGUGUUGUCUCUUUUUAGGCACCUCCGUGCUCAAAUGUUAAUAUAAUUAUUUAGUGAAGGACCAAAAUUGUAUGAUAUUGUUGUAUGAUGUAUAAAAUAACCUGGACGUUCAUAGUAAGAGUGGUAUGUGCCAAAUGACCCAUAGAGAAGGUUUUGUUCUCUGACAAUCAUUUCUUUUUCAAGGGGUUUUCGUUGCUGUCAUAGUUGUUAUAACCUUCUUAUAUAUUUCAUUUAAAGACUGUGUGAAAUCUAUUUAUUUUUGGUUCAUUUUUUGUCACAAUUUGAGACAAGUGACAAAUGAAACAGAAUCAUACUUUUUAUCCCUCUUUUACACAUUGCUGAAGGAAUUGAGUUGAAUCGAAGCGCAAUGUUAUUUUUUUUUUAAAGACCAGUGUGCCAAAUUGGAAAGAAACCAUGAGAUCCGCUGUUUUUAUUUAUAGUUACAUGGUAGUUCUAGAUUUUUUAGAUCAUGUUUGCAAUGUUGUGUCUAGCGUGAUGAUAGUUUUUUUUUCUCCAUUUCAACCAAUAUGCUGAUUGUUUUGUGGUCAAGAUGGUGGAAGUCUUUUCCUUUGCUAUUAUGGUCUGGUGAUUAGAAUGCCUGGGCAUUGUAUCGUUAUCCUGUUGUUGAUCAGAGGUUUAAGCAAAUCACUUUUACUUUAGAAUAAAUUAUAUUAGCAUAUUAACUCAAUCAGUUUAUCGGUGCACAGAUUCUGCUUCAUUGGUUUCAUUUUGUAAGAGCAUUCUUUUAUUAAUAUGAACAUGCAGAUUCAGAUGUACAUCAGAAUCCUGUGUUAUAUAUAAAAAUAGACAUGGUUUGUCAGAUAGGGUUCAACUUCAUAUUUCCAGUUGAAGUAACCUACGGGUUCUCUAUCUUAUGUUGACUUAAGUGUUUCCACAGUCAAAAUGUUUUUAACCCUGAGAAAAAGUAAAUGUAUUAUUAGAGACAUAGCACUCAGCUUAAUGGUUUUGCCCUUGUUCGAGCUAUGUAUCUAAGAUGGGUGAAUUGUCUGAAAGACGUUGUAAAACCCAGCACAAUGCAUUUAUUGUACCAGGAUAUAGGCAAACGUUGCACACCAUCAAACCAACAAACCAGGAAUGAAAUCAAACUGGCGAGGUCUGCUGGUUUGGAGAGAAAGAUGACAUAUGUGUAACAUUAACGUUCAAAGACUUCUAUUCACUUUUAAUUCAUAUUUGCAAACACUCUGAUAAUUCCAUUGUCAGCCUAAGGUGAUUUUCUCCGGUCAUCUUCUCAUUUAUGGAAACUCAUUCCAAACUGUAGACAAUGGUAGAGUUGGCUCUUAAUGAUGUGCUGGGGGUUUCAUUUCAUGGCACUGUAAGUUGCAAUGGUUGGGACUUUCAUGCUGGACAUGUGAAUUAAGACUUUCAGGACUGGGCAGGGUAGGUUCAGACCAGCACUUUAACGCAUGGGUCCAAAACAUCAAACUGUACGGGCAUUGGGUCUCUGUCACUAAAGAGUUAAUAGGAGUAAACCUGACUGGCCUCACUUGGAGUGGAUGAUCAACUCUCACUUAAAACAAUGAUGACCUUGGAAAAAAAAAAUCUACAACUGAAGCACUGUAAUGUUUUUUUUUUGUCAGCAGGUGGCAGGGUGAAUACUAGGUUGGCUCAAUUAUUUCCCAUCCGACGACAACGGUGACAGAGUUCUCUGUCACACUACUAAUGGGAAUCCACAGUUAACACAUUGUUUUGCAAUACAUUACUAUUAAAUGCAGAGACUGGGGUUACUAAAUAUUUAGGUAUACUAUAUAUGGAGUAAUUCAUGUCAUGUACUACUGUAAUAAGUGUGCGCUGUCAGUUGUAGAAGUAUGAAUCCACAUUGAAGUCAUUGCCAGCAUUUGAAAGAAUCUGGCAAAUGGUCACACACUGAUAACUUCAGAAUAAGGUCGCUGUUCUUUCCCCACUGUUACAGUAAAAAUUAAAAAAAUAAAUAUAAUAUGGUUUCUUUUUAACUGUAUAGUAUUUUAAAAAGCAAUGUUGCAUAUGUCUGAAAAAUUCGAUGAAAAAAAAAAUGGGUUUAAAUGGAUGGUGCUCGUUUCAUUGAAUCUGAGUUGUAUCACCUCUGUUAUGUUUAUUAAAAAGAUAUUGUGCAUGACGUGUUUAGCAGUCAUAAUGAUGUCCAUUUGUGAAAUGUGUAUCUUAAAUUAAAAAAUGAAAUAAAAAAUAAUGAAUCCGUAGAUGCACUUAUUGUACAUGUGGUUAGGUUAGUGUUUGACUUCAAGUCCUUACAGAUGUAUUGGGCAGGUGGUUCUUAAAUGAAUACAAAAAAGCUUGUGGGAGAGAGAUGUAAUGAAAAAAAUGAAAGGAUUGUAGAAUAAUAUUGAACAAUUCUGAAAUAGCAGUUCUUUUGAUGCUUGUGAUUAUUGAAGAUGUACUUUAGAGAAAUUUCAUGGAAAAGAUAUGAUUCUGAUGUUAAUUCUGUAGAAUAGAAAUGUAUACCAAAUGUAAUCUUUCCAAUGCUAUGAAGAAUUUAUACAUGAAAUUGAUAUGCAAUAAAACCUGUGUGCUUUUUA